UGAGUGUGUGGGUAUAGGUAUAAUAUGCUAAAGAUUUUUAUCUAUAUUUUUUGUAUAUGUCAAUACAGGUUAUCUAAAGAACGAAAAAAAUGAAGAUACUGCCGAAUGUUUUUUAAAAUCCUCUCCUUGUUUAACUGAAUGUUAUCAGAUGUCUAAGAUUAACAGAACCUUUAAUAUAAAAGUGAAUAGGUUCAAUUUACAUGACAUCUUUGAAGUUUUUGGAUCUAUGUGUAGCAUGAUUCAAGAACGAACACCUGAGGCAUUUGAAUCAAAAACAUUAAUUGAGAAAUUACAGUAUUUACUAGAUUCAGACCAUACAUCAACCAAAGAAGAUAAAUCUGUUGAGACCAAAUUAGACAUGGUUGACAAAUGUGUUGGUAAUACAGUUCAUACAAAAGAUCAGGGUACACAUAUUUCUAUUAAUAUAGAAGCAAAUAAAAGUAUAUCUGAAGAAUUAUUAGAAAUCCCAUUAAUCACUGAGAUAAAUUCUAAUGAUGUUUCCAAAACAAAAGAAAUUGACACAUUUAAUAAGGAGACCACUAUAACCGAUGAGAAAAACUCUGGUACGUUUUCUUCACCCUGUCUAUCUUCAAUGACUCAACUAAUAAAUAAUAAUGCAAGAACCACAUAUUCCAAAAUUGAUGACAAACAAUCUCCAAUAUUUCAAAUUAAUAAGCAAAUGUGUAGCACUCCAGGAAAAAAAGAUGAAACAAAAAUAAAUAUUGAGCCAAUGCUACAAUGUAGUCCAAAAAAUAUUCAUAAUUUAAUUUCUGUUAAUCAGGCUGAACAUCAGCAAAUACCUGAAGCUACACCACUUGACUCUAUGCCAGGAUUCUCUAAAGAGGAUAAGAUAAAAGAUGGUUCAGUUAUUAUUGAUACUGGUGAAUUAGUCGAUACAUUUUUGAAUGACCAAAGUUUAUUGGAAAAAAUUGCUGAUACUAUCAAUAAAUGUUUUGAAGCUCAAAAAGAAUUAGAAAGUGUAUUAGAUCCUCCUACACUUGAAAAAGCAUUAGACUCUGCUCAGUCUGAUCCACAAAUCAAAAAUAUACUGGAUGAGUUUUUAGUUUUUAAUGUUGACAAUACGGAAAUUGGUAAAAAAGCGUGUACUAAUGAUCAUCUAGACUCAAUCAAAUCCCGUUUACGUAGUGCCAAGAAAAAAGAAGAUGCAUCAAACAAAUUAAAAAAGAAUAAUUUUAAUAUGCCAAAAAAUAUUGUUUUUGACAAUGAAGAAUGUAUGAAAGUUGACAAUAAUAUUGUAUUGAUACAUGAAGGUAAUAUCAGAACAUCAACUUUUGAUAAUUACGAUUUGUUAUCAAAUCAAAUAGUUCUACAAUCGAAUGACUUAUAUAGCUUCAAUUCAACUAAAAUAGAAGCAGGAGAAGAAGAUUACCUAUCCAAAGCAAACUAUGUGAAAAUUGCCCCAAAAAUAACUCCUAUGUUAAAGAUUCACCAAGUUCCUGAAAAACAUAUAUUUCCAAAACGAAGAAAACAUCCAUUAGAAGUUCCUGGCAUACAGAGCAAAUUUAGGAGAACAAAUAUAAUUUCUAGACAACCUGUUCAGAUUCCUAAAUCAAUUAUUAUUGAAGUUCCUAAUCAAAGUUCAUUUGAAUCUCAAGAAAAAAAUCAUAUUGAGAUUAAUAAGAUUAUCAAAUUACCUGAAGUUUCAUCUAAAAUUAAUGAUACAAUUGUUCACAACACACCAGAUGAUAGACUAGAACCUCCAAAAAAUAAAAGUAUGAGUACACCUCGUAGAAGAAGCACUCAUGUAAGAUGCUUAGAGUUUAGUACUCCACAGCCUAAGAAUAUGACUCAAAAUCAAGCCCGUUCGGUACUUCUCUAUGGUACACCAAAAAGAAUUGAAAAAUGUUUGGAAGAACCUUCGUCUAGCCCUUUACCAAUAUUGCAAGCCGAUUGGGGUUCAGUUAAUGGAUUUGAAUCAAUUAUUAAGAAAGAGAGUAUUAAACACUGGGAUACAGACAUUAGAGAAAUGGUGGGCGCUGGAAUAUUAACAUCAGAUGCGGAUGGAAGAAAAACAAGAAAAAAAAAAAUGCCACGAAAAAAAAUUAAGCCAGUCAUUAAUCAAGUUUUGCUUGAAGAACAAAAGAUAUCAAGUAACCCUUCAAUCACAAUAAACGAAUUAUAUACCGAUGUAUCAAAUAUUUCUGAAAACACAAGUGGCGGUUUAAUUGAGCGAGAUUCUAAUAAGCCAACACCAAUUGGCCAACAGCCAAUAAAGGAGCAGACAGAACUUCCUAUUUCUUCGGAAACUUUUAAUAAUUUUAAAGAAUUACAUGAUAAACAAUCACCAAUUAAAUCUGAUUCUUUGAAUUCAUUGAAAAAUGUGAGUAAAUUUCCUAUAUCAUUAGAAACUUCAGAUAAAAUAACUAAAUUGAAUAAUGAACAAGUACCAACUAUAUCUGGAACAUCAAUAAAAGUGAAUAACAAAAAUUUGCUAAAAAAACAAGAAGAUUUUUUGAUUUUGUUGGAAACUCCAGAUAAAACUACAGAAUCGUAUACUGAAGAACAGUUAGUUAAAUCUGAUACUUUAAUAAACAACAAUAAUGAAACAUUAUUGAAAAAAGAAAAUGAAUUUAUAAAUUCCUUAAAAACUUCAAAUAAAAUAUCUGAGUUUAAUAAUAAACAACUUCCCAUAAUAUCUGAUUCUUCAAAAAGUCAGAGUUUAACUCAAAUUAACCUGGAACAGUCUUAUGCUAAUAUUAACAAACAAAACGAUAAUCAAAAUCAAUUAAUUGAGUCUUCCUAUUUAAAAACUGUGCCAAAUAAAACAGAUCACGAAAAAGAUCCUAAUAUUUCAAAAUCAUUUAAUAAUUAUAACUAUUCAUUAACAGUAAAUAAUUCAAAGGAAUCAACUAAAAAUGUAAAAGAACAAGAUUUAUUAUAUCAAACUGAUACAAACAACUCAAGUGAAUUAAAUAGUUCUACAAAAAGUAUUAGUAUUGAACCAAUUAAACCUAAUCUAGUUGAUGAAAUUUCAUAUAAAUGUGAUGAUGCAGCUGUUGAUAUACCCAAGACUCCUAUUUCAAAAAUAAUAUAUGAAUACAAUCUAAGUAAGCCAUGUUCACAAGAACAUUAUGAUAAUUCAUUGACAGAAACAUCUUCAAUCCAAGUAUUCAGAGAAACAUAUUUGAAUAAAACACCAAUUUCACUAUUUCCUUCUACUCCAGGGAAUUCAAGGUCUGUUGAUACUAUUAUUGUACCACCAGAACAGAAUUAUGUUGAAAGCUCAAACAAUACCCAUUGUAAAAUUAUCAAUAAGACAAAGAAAGAUAAAGUUGAAUGUACGCCCUUUAAAUCAAAGGAAAAACUUUUGAGUAAAUCUAAAAUAAAAAAUACAUAUAAAAAAAAAAGCGUUGGAGCAAAACAAAAACAAGGGUACGAGUCUGUUAAAGUAGAGCUAUUUGGAAGUGAAAUUUCAUCAAGUUCAAGUUCGCUUGAAUUAUUAAACACUAAUGAACAGCUUAAUACAAUAGUUAUUAAAAAAAAACCUCAAGAUGAAGAGAAAAAUUCUGGUUUCAAACACAUACCCAAAAGCAAAUCAAUUAAAUCUACGUCUAUUGUAAAUGUUGAUGAUAUUGAAAAUAAUAUAUCAAAUGAGUUGCAUGCACCUAACAUGCAACCUAUCAAGACGCCAUCCAUUAAACCAACAAUAGUAAAACCCGAGAAAAAUAAUGAAAACACAUCAGAAACAAUAAAGAAGAAAAGUGCAAAAAAGUUCAUGGUUCAUUUUGAUGACCCAGUAGAAAAAUGUUUUAGUUUGUCCAAGAGUCCAACACCAUGUAAAUCCAACAACAAAAACGCUGGUCAAAUACAAAAAGAUACCACAAAUGAUGACAACUCGGAACAGUUGAUUGGGUUAAGUAGAUAUUUAAACAAAAGAUCGUCAACAAUUUAUGACUAUAGCCCAAAAAAAAAAACAAUCAAAACAAUUAAACCACGUGUUAAAAUCACUAAAAUAAAUAAUGGUGAUUCCAAAAUUAAUUCUUCAAAAAAAUAUAAUGUAGAUGGAUCCAGUAAGAAUAUAUCAACAAGUGAUUUUAGUAAUAAAAGAAACACUCUAGAUACAAGCAAUCAAAUAAUUAAAUUAUCUGAGAAUUGUAUAAUAGACGUAAAUAAAGGGUCUUAUGCGAUGGAAAAUAAUGCAGCUCAUAAUAAAUCCAUUGUACCAUUGGGGUCUGUACAAACAUGUACAGACCAAAUCAGGUCUAUGGAUGACAAUAUAUCUACACCAAAUCUUAAUUCUAAUAAAAAAAUUGACAUCAGUCUUGACAGAUCUGAAUUGCCCGUUGUUAACUACAAGAGCAGUGUUAGUAAUAUUUCUUGUGUUACUGUUAGACAUGAUGAUACAUUUGAUGUUCGGAUUAAAAAAAUCUGUGAUACACUAGACAAUAUAGAAUAUUUAAAACAGUCAAGAGUAUUUGAUAUCAUUUCUGAAGAUGGACUACGUGAGGAGGUGUAUUUAAAUUUAUCAGAAACAUUUACUUUUCUUGAUAUACUCUCCGAAUCAAACAAUGUACAACUAUCCGAUCCUAUUACCUCACAGUUGAUAACAACAAACAAAACGUUAGACGUCAUUCCAAAAAUGGAAAGUGGUGAAUUGAGAAAUGAUGAAGAAAUAACCAUACCAGUGACUAGCACUCCUAAAAACUGUGUUGAGAUAAAAAAUGACAAAGACAAUAGGGCCAGAAGAAGCCCGUCCUUUUGGGAAGACUCAGUUCAUAAUUACCCAAUAAGACACAGAGACGACAGACAUAGGGAAACAAACCGUUGGCAAAAUAAAACCUAUCAUAAUUAUGAUAGAAAAUAUAGGCCAAACAAAUAUCGAUACCACAAUGAACGAUUACAAUUUGAUAGUCGGAACCAUUUUCAAAGAAGCUAUCAUCAAAAUGUGAAAAGAGAGUUUUGGGAAGAUUCAGUAAGGGAUAAAGAUAAAUUUAAGCACAAAGAUGAAAAAAGACGUAAUUACCGUGAUUAUAGUAAAGGAAACAAUUGGCUUGAAGAAAAUGAACGAUUUUCAAUUCCGCAAAGAAUGUCAUUAAAUGAUUUACAAAAGUCACAUAGAUCAGAAGAUAUUGUUAAGAAAGCUACUAAAAAGCCUUCAGAUCGAGAAAUAAAUAAUAAGACUCCUGUUAAGGUUUCCAAAGUUGAACAUCAACGAUUGCUGACAAAUGUUGAUGUUGAUGAUUUUUUGUCUGUUGUACACGGUAAAAAAAAUAAAAAUAUAAUAUAAACUGUUACUGUAAUUUAUUUUUGUAUAUACAUUAAAUUAAUGUAAAUGUUAUAUUAUUAUUUAAA